AGUAUCAUGAUUUCCGGUUGUCAAAAAUGUCAAUCAAAUUUGGCAGGAACUUGGUUUUCACACUGUAGUUUGCUUUUCCUGGAAGAUUUUGCCAUGGAUGAAGAUCAAAAGCCAACAAUGUUAAGAGAUUUAGAGAUCGACUUUUUGAAAGAACAUCUCAAUGGCUUUUCUGUUGAAGGCAAUUAUUGUUUUGGAUAUUUCGAGGGAAACAGAGCAGAGAUGGAUGAUCUGUUAGUUUCAUUUCAGGCAUUGAACUCCACGUGUUAUGUACUUACAGAAAGCCAUUCAAAAGAGAAAAACCACAACAGAUUUUCUCAAACAGCACCUCCCGUAUUUGAAAACAACCGCGGAAAUGUCCCCAUACAGUUGUUUGGCCACCCCUUUUCAAUCUCUAGCAGUGAAACUCGACAUUGUAUACAUGGAUCCACAAAGGUUGGUUACAAUUACAGUAAAUGGAUUAGCAAACAUUCAAAUUUUAAGUAAAAAAAGAGGUCAAUCGAGAAAUGAUAACGGAAACUGAGAGUCAAGAGGUUGAA